UGCAGCUCCACAACAGGCCACCGUUUGCCUGGGCCUUGUUUCCCCCAUUAAAAGAUUAAUGAUUACAUUUUUUCCUCCACCUACAUGUAGAUUAACAAGGACAUGACACAGAGGCUCCACCCUGACUAACCCUGAAUGUGACAGAGCUGCAGGUUUCUUCUGUCACCGGCUCUGGCCUGGAUAGAAGCAUUUUUCCCUCCAUGGCACCAGGAGCCUUGGAGCUGUGCGCAUUCAGGGGCGCACGGAUUGGAUGAGGGUCAGCCCGGCUCUUUACCCGGGACAUAAAUUCAGCUCAGUCACUCCUUAGCUAUCUCAAGUGAAAUGUAAAUCAGGUGGCAGGUGGAGCGUGAACCACACGCGGGGGUUAUGGUAACUGCGGGAAGUCGUUCGCCACUUCUCUCUCUCUCCGCUUGGAGGUUUCCAGGCGCACGGAGGAGCUGCUCCUCUCACUUCUCAGCGUCACCUCAUGGCUCAGCGGUGCUCCUCUCAUCCCGUCCUCCCCGUCCUCCUCCUGCUCGGCGGGGUGGUCGCGGUCCUGCUCCUCACUGUCCCCGCUCGGGACGUCCUGGACGCGCCCGGGUUCGCGUAUGGGAUUGUCCUGGAUGCUGGAUCGUCACACACAGCGUUGUACAUAUACAAGUGGCCGGCAGACAAGCAAAACGGCACAGGAGUGGUCACCCAGCACAGUGAAUGCCAUGUUAAAGGCGGAGGGAUCUCGAGCUACGCCGGCCAGCAGGGAGCAGCCGGGCAGAGCUUAGAGGUCUGUCUGGACCAGGCGGUGAAGGACAUCCCCAAAGAAAGACACCGGCUCACGCCCGUGUACCUGGGAGCCACAGCUGGCAUGAGGCUUCUGAAUAAAUACAGUCCGGAGCAAUCGGGUCGGAUUCUCCAGGAAGUGGGACACAGAAUCCAGUCGUACCCUUUCAACUACCAAGGGGCGGCCAUAUUGAGUGGUCAAAAGGAGGGGGCGUACGGCUGGGUCACCGUCAACUAUCUCCUCGAGAACUUCAUAAAGUAUGGUUUCGUGGGGCACUGGCUUAGCCCCGGCAGACCCACGGUGGGAGCGCUUGAUUUCGGCGGAGCGUCCACCCAGAUAACAUUUGCCACUCAGGAGGACGUGGAGGACAAGAACGACACAAUGAAGAUGCGUCUCUAUGGACACGAGUACUCUUUGUACACGCACAGCUUCCUGUGCUACGGCCAGGACCAGGUCCUCAAGAGGCUUCAGGCUCACCUAGUCAAGUCUCAGGGUUAUUCCCAAUCAGCCGUCCACCCCUGCUACCCUGCAGGCCACAGCAUGAGUUUCAAAUUAAGCACUAUAUUCAACUCUCCGUGCACAGUGAAGUACGCGCCCAGCUCCUACAACCCAGAGGCCUCGGUGACGUUGCAGGGCAGCGGACAUUAUGAACACUGCGUGGGCAACGUGUCCGAGAUCUUCUCCUUCGACAGCUGUUCGUUCUCCCGGUGCUCUUUCGACGAAGUGUUUCAGCCAAACGUCACCGGUAGCUUCAUGGCGUUCUCUGCAUUCUUCUACACUCACUCCUUCCUGCAGGAGGUGACUGGCAUCACCGUGAACUCGCCGUCACGGCUGGAUGACGCCGCCAGGACCGUGUGCACCAUGAGCUUCAGUCAAAUGUUGCUUCUUGCUCCGAAACAAAAGUCCCGUUUGCAGGACUACUGUGCCUCCUCCGUGUUCAUCAAGGUUCUCAUGUUGAGAGGCUACGGCUUCGACGACGCAUCUUUCCCUCGCAUUUCCUUCCAGAAGAAGGCCGGGGAUGCCUCGGUGGGCUGGGCUCUGGGCUACAUGCUGAGUUUGAGCAAUCUGCUGCCGGCAGAGAAAGUGGGGCAGAGGAAGGCCCUGACCCUGAGUGCGUGGGGAAUGCUCGUCUGUCUCUGCGGCCUCCUCCUCAGCGCAGCCCUGGUCUUCAUCAUGCUCCGAGCUUGUGAUGGGAAGAGGAAAGGAGGCAGUGACGGCCCCAUCUAGAUACUGUAGCAGCAUGGUCAGAAAACAAUAGCACAGAUAUGCAGUUUUACCUCCAACACGCUGGAUCUGGAUGAUGGAGUGAACGUGUGCUUUCAUUUAAAGGUGUUCACAUUAUCUCUCUGGCUCUUUUAACUCAAUGCUGCAGAAGAACCAUCCUAAACAGACCCAUUGCUAAAUAUUUGGCUCCGACUGCAUGGAUGUAUUAAUGUUUUCUUUUCAUUUCAAAUCCAAAGUGCUGGAGUAAAAAGCCAACAUAAUGAAGAGUGUGACCAAAACUUCUCUGAGUGUCCUGUAGGUUUAACCACUCCCUGGUUGCACUGAAACGUCAGGCGAAGUCUGAAUGUAUAUUUUAUUCUUAGAGGAGACAUAUGAUGCUUUUUUAAAUUUCCUAGUGUGUUAAACAGGCUCUUUGUGACUGUGAAAGUUCUGCAAACAUCCAUCAUUUGAAAAUGGGUUUUUCAAACUACAACAAUCUCUGACCACACAAGCGCUUUAGCUCGGUAUCAGUUUUAAUCCCCGUCCAUACCAACGAACAAAGAGGAAGCAUUCGGUUGUAGAAUUGUCGCAGAUCGUAUGAAGCACUGUUAACCUGAAGCACACUGUGGAGAUUACCACCAGUUUAAUAUAAAAUAUAUAUUUUCUUGUUUUUCUAUAUGAAGACUUUUUUUUUCCGCAUUAAGCUUUGUUUGCAGAGUUUAACACAAAAUAAUCCAUAAUCUACAGCUGCAGAAUCACAGGCUCUCAGUCUCUGGGCACAUUUAAGCUGUAGCUCAAUAAACGUAAAUCACCACUCAGCAAAAGAUUUGAUUUAGUCCGUAAUUGUGAUGUGAAACACAAAAAAAAUCAACUAAUAAAGAUGGAAUGGACGAACAGGUUUUUCUGAUAAAAUAUGUUUGUAAUAUAUAUAUUUACCCUCAUGUCAGCCACAAUAUUGUUAUAGUUAAAUAAUUUAUGUUGAUAUUUGUAUACAGUAAUGCAGAAUUGUUGAAUCUAACCAUGAUGCAGUAUGUAUCUGUGUUAAAAUGAAUAAAUAUUUCAAUUGCAGCGAUUCAUGUAGCGGAUGUUGAAUUGUACAUUGUAUCAUGUAUAUUUCUGGAUUUUUAACAUUUUAUGAAAUAAAACUUUUUAAAUCAGAGCUUCAUGGUAAAGGUUUUCUACUGAUGUUGGAUAAAUCAACAUUUGUAAGUGUAACAGUAAAUGUGAAACAUUUUCUAUUAAUUAAUAUUAGUUCAGAUUAAAUUUCUAUAUUGUCAUAUUACACUGCUCUUUGUUUGCUCACGUUGUAAUGUUUGCUCCUCAGAUAACAAAAUAAAAGUAUUUUCUUUAUUUAAGAGGGA